GAGUGUGGUAAUGUUUGAGUGUUUGACGUAUGACUUCGCGGCUGGAUUUACUUCACAAUGAAUGUCGAGAGAAGUGAUUCACAGAAACACUAGCCUUGUGUUUAUACGGAUCUUUCCGAAUGAAGAGUGUUGUGUAAAUCGAGCGUUUCCUCAUCGGCAAUGCGAUUCAAGUGUGCUUUGCCACAAUGCAUACCAGUUACAUGUAGUGGUGUACGGGUUGCUCGUUUUUAUUUUUGCUUAGGUCAGUUGAAGUAAUGAGCAUUUCGGAAGAAAAGGCAUAAUGUCUAACACCAUGGUGAAAACUCCGCGUAUAUUGUAUGUGUACCUGGCGUUCUAUCUUCUGCCAAUCUGCAGCGGUUUUCCAGUGGAUGUACGCACACAAGAUGGCGGCGCGAGCGCCGGGCUGUGGGCGGCGCCGCUGGUGUCGGUGGCGGUGUUGCUGGCCGCCGUGCUGCUGCUGCUGGGCUGCACCUGCUGCAGGCACAACAAGGGCUUCCAGGAGUUCACGGACAGCGCGUCGAGCCACAGCCUGGCGGGUCCCGGGCCAGCGAACGCGACGCCCGCCGCAGCCGCCGGUCCUGGCCCCGGGGGCGGCGGGGGCGACAUCGGCUACGUGAACAGCGCCGCCAGCUCCGCGGAGUUCACCAUGUUCCCGCCGGCGGCAGCAGCGGCUGCGCCCGGAGACCGCUCCUCCGUGGUGCACUUCGAGCCGCUGCCCGACGUGGGCACCGCCCGUCUGCAGCCGCCGCAGGCGCCCGCGCCCAGCCGCAAGCCCGCCUCCUUCAACAACGUCGUCAGCGGCGGCCUAUCCGCCCGCGACUGGCUCGAAGAUCCCCAUGCAAAUUUUCCAAGGCACCAGCUGAAGUAUCUUAGAGAAUUGGGUAGAGGGUGGUUUGGUCGGGUUGUGGAAGGUGAGGCUCAAAAUAUAAUAAAUAGCGAGAAGAAUUCAAAGGUAGUGGUGAAAAUCUUACGUGAAGAUGCUACACCAACUGAUCAGAUGUACUUCCUACACGAAGUACGGUAUCAUCGGGAUCUAAACCAUCCAAAUAUUCUUAGGUUGCUUGGGCGGUGUCUUGAGAAAGAUCCUUUUCUGCUGUUGUUGGAAGCUAGUCCAGGGGGAGAUGUGAAGACAUUUUUGAUGCAGAAUGCAUCAACAGCAGAUGUUCUUAAUCAGCAAGGUGUGACAUUGAAAAUGGCCUGCAAUAUUGCAGCCGGUUUACAUCAUAUGCAUUCAAAAGGAUUUGUACAUACGGACUUAGCGGCCAGGAAUUGUCUCAUCACAUCAGAUUUGACAGUCAAAAUUGGAGACUAUGGCACAAGCAUUGAGAAUUUCAAGGACGAUUACUAUUGUGCUGGAGACAUAGCCCUUCCUAUUCGAUGGUGUGCUCCAGAGACAUUACAUUGCACAGAAACUACAAUUGAAACAAAAGAGGUGACACCAAAUGCCAAUGUUUGGAAUUUGGGUGUUGUUCUUUGGGAGAUAUGUGAGUUUGGAAAGUUGCCUUAUGCUGAACUGACCGAUGAUGAAGUAAUAGUUAAAGUUCUGGGUGAAGGAACAUACCGGCUACCUCUGCCUUCAUAUAUUUCUCCUUAUAGGAAUAACUUGUAUCUUCUCAUGAAGCUUUGUUGGGAACCUGUUGUGAAGAGGCCAGCUUUGGACCAAGUUGUUAGAAUGUUAAACCAUCUGCAUUUAAGCCAUGACCAAUACAUUGGAGAGGAAUCCAGUCUACAAACAGAUGAAGAUUUUGAAAGGCGCUGGGAAUCUUUCAAGCCAAACACCAUACCUAAGACUGACAAUCACACUUUGCCCAGGCAGCACCAUCAAGGUGGCCUGCCCAUUUCUUUCAUUGAACAGAAGGCUUUUGUUUUGCCACGACCGUCUGGAGAAAGUAUGGAUGUGAUGUCACUGUCAAUAAUUGCCCCAGAAGUUAGCAGUUCUUCACCAAUGACAACAUCACCACAACUGUCAUUGACAAGCAGCUCAGGAGGAGAUUUCUUUACCCCAAAUUUGCAGCAGAAACAGAAAUCUGCUAGCCUUCAAGAUCUACAUGGAUCAGUUGAGAAUUUGUGUGAAACAUCAAUAGAUGAACAUUCAGAUACUUUUGUGAGAACAGAUGUUGCUAUUGCAGAUGAUGAUAGAAAUACAAUGGAAUUUUCAGAAAGUUUGGGUGUAGUUGAAUCAAAGAACAAUGAACUUGAAAAUAUAAUAUCUGAACCUGAUUUUGAUUCGUGGCUACAGGGAGUAGAAACAACAAAUGAAGAAGAUGCCAAGUUUGUAAUGAAAAUAUCUGAAGCUAUAAGAGAUCUAGACAAUGCUCUUGCUCAGGAAAAAACUUCAUCAUCAUCUUCAGAAGUUUCCAGUCACACUGUUUCGCAUCAUGAGAGUCCUGCCAAGGAUAUAGUGGCAAGUGAACAGAAUGUUGUUUUGGAUUUCAGACUUGGAAUUCCAGCUGAAAUUGAAACUGGUAAAACAAGAGAGUCUGAAGCACAGCUUGACAGUCUUCAGGAAGAGAGUUUUCCUUACAAAACUUUCCACCAUGAAAGUAAAACUACAGAUUCGGGAACAGAUACUGAAGAUGAAACAUGGAGGAAGAGGAUAGAACGUGGAGAGUUUUCUGAAAAAGUGAAAGAGAAAUCAAAGAGUGUAGCAGAUCUUAUGAUUCUAACUCACAUUGAGUGCAGUGAUGGUAGUGAUUCUGAACCUCCUUCUUUGACAUGGAAUUUUGAGAGAAGUGUGAAUAGUAGAAAUUCUCUUUCUCGGCAACACAGGGGCUCUGCUGUUAAAUCAGCUUGUUUUCCAAUAGCUGGCAGUGAAGGUAAUAUUCACCAGGCAGUAUUGGGUGAGGAGUUCUUUAGUACUUUGGUUAAACUUCAUGAAGCCCAAAAAGAUGGUAACAAAAAUAGAUUGACGAUCAAUUCAUUGUCAUCACAGAGCUCAGAAAUUAAUUUGACUCCUUCUCCGACGCAUGAUCCACUCAUACAAAGAUCAUCACCUUUCAGUGAUGAUUCUGCGUCUGAAGUACAUAGUUUAUUAUCCUCAGACCAUCCGCAUAAAAAAAAUUUUUUAGCCAUUAAUGCCUCGGAAAGAAAAUCUGAACUGACAGAUAAUUCAAACAGUGCUAAGCCAAUUAUAAAAGAAGUUUUAAUUGAUUCACAGUUGAAAGAAAGGGUAGUCCUACCUGAUGCGAACUAUCGACCAAAUAAAAAUUACCGUGAGAUAUCCACAACAGAAAAUGCUUUGGUUUCUUGCAGUAAGCAAGAGCCUACUGAACUGAAAAGUUUAAUAAAUAGUUUUUUAGAAACAGAAAGACAAUCCAGCUGUUGUCCAACCAUGGAUUCAACUUGCUCGAGGCACUCAUUUCAUAAUAGUUCUGAAUCUGAAAGGCUGUCUUGUUUAGAUCAUAGUGUAGGGCUUAAGGAUAAUAGUAGUGCGAGAGAAGAUACUUUAAUAAUAGAUGAUGCAAAUAAUGACUCUGUUCCUUCUUUGUUACAUAAUAAGAUUUCAAAUGUGGAUAGCAGUAAAACAUACACUUCUUUUCAAUAUCCUAUCAGUGACAAUGAAAAUAUUGAUAUUAAAAAAAAUAAAGAAAUUUCUGUCGGUGAUACUGGUCCUACUAUGCUGCUGGUAGACAGUAAGACUUCCACUCUAGCACCUGCUAGUGGUUUAAAGGGUUUGUCACCUGAGUUUUUUGCUGGUGAAGGUUUUGUCAACAAAGUGCAAGAUGUGUUAAGUACAGCUGAUGAUGAGUCAGUGGAAUCAAUUGAUGCAGCAUGUGACCAACCAUAUGCUGAAAAGAAAGGAAGCAACUCUAUAGAUGAACUGAAAUUGUGCCCAGAUGAAACAAGUGAAAAAGAUGUUGCUGUUUUAAUUAGUGAUAAUUUUGAUAGUGACAAUGAGAUCCAAGUCAGUGGCCAUUCGUUACCAACACAAAGUGUAGGCGAAAGAGAAAAGAAUAUACUAAUAAGUAAUAAUUUAAGUAUACCGUACAUAACGAGUUCAGAUGAAGAUUAUAGUGGUUCAGUUAUAUUAGGAGCAUCUGAAGAAUUUACUAUGGAUUACUUUAAAGGUCUUAAUACAGCCUUUAGGGAUGACAGUACUUAUGGCAGUGACAGUUAUGUAUAUUCUGAGGGAGCUGGUGACAGUAAAUUAGAUUUAAGUAUGAAUGUUCCCUUUAUUGUAAAAAAACCUAAUGAAAUUACAAAAAUGGGUAAUGAUGACUCCUUGGCACACAUUCAAUUAAUGCUGGAACAGAAUGAGACAUCACAACCAUUAGAAUUAAAUGGUGAACAUGUCUUAACUCAUUUUGUGUCAUCAGAAAGAACAUUAUCUUCAACUACUGAAAAUAUAUCUCCAUUUCCAUUGGAGUACAAAGAAAAUAAUAAUGGAGGUUGUAUUUCAUUAUCACCAGAUGAGAGUAAUAUUAGCAUAUCUUCAGAAGCUGUUACAGAGGUAGUUAAAGAAUAUGAACAGUUUCCAAAAAAGAGUAAUUCAGAAAAUGAGAAUGAUACCAAAAUUGAAGGGAAAAUAGAUUCCAUGUGUAAUAGCUGUAACAAAGCAGAUCCAGGAUUCAGAGGGAGUCUGGAACAAACAAAUUGUGGUCAAGAAUCAAAUGUUAAUGCAGUUGCAUCUUCUGUCAAUUCAGAUGUUCUUACAGAGAGAUAUACUCAAGACACAGUAGGACGAUUAACGGAAAACUACAUGCAGAUGCCACAAAAUGAUAAACAUCUAGAGGAAACCCCAGGGGAGUUUUCAGAACUGGCUGUAACUGAUAGCUGUGGUCCAGUUCACUUUACUGUUGAUAAUGACACCAAAACUAUCUGUACUGAAGCGCAAACUGGAGUUUCUGAAGAAGCACUUUAUUCUUUGAGCAAUGUUCACCUCAAUAAUCGUAAUCCCAUGCAAGAGCUCAAUUAUUGUCCAUCAUCUGAGAGUACAAUUACAGAGUCUUCAACCCAUAAUACAAGCAACAUUUGCCAGUGUGAAACUGUGAUUGAGAAGGUGCCCUUUGCUGGGCACAAUGAUGGCAGUCAGUUAGUUGGAAAUGAGACAGAAUGUGCUGUUGCAGACUUGCUCCAUGGAGAUCAAAGCAAAUCAUCAAAUGUAAAUAUUGGAACACUGGCACCAAAGGUAGAUGCUACAAAAGCGGAAACAGAAAGUGUAAUUCCCCCAUUGGUUAAUCUGAAACAAGAAGUAAACAGUUCUGCACCACGUAGCGUAGAAGCCCAAGUUGGUGUCAGCCUGCCUGAUCACAUCAGAAUUUGUGCUACAACUAUAGAAAACAAUGUUUCAAAAGAUGUUUAUACUGAGCCACCAUUACUUCCAAAAAGUGAAGUUACAGAGAACAUUAAUGUAUUGUCUAAUGAUUGUUCUUUAAAUUCACUCCAUGGAAAAGCAGAAUUUUUAAACAUUGAUGUAGCAGGAAAUGACUCUAGCAUUAAUGAGUGCAAGAAAGAAAUAGAAGAGAGUAUGGAUGAUAAAAUAUGGACAGGCCCUUACCUAGCAUCAGGGUAUGAAAUUCAUACUAAGGAACAAAGUAUGAUUAGCUGCACUUCAGAGAAAGGAAAGAUGGGAUUAGAAGAUACAAAAUCUGAAUUACAAAUUCCAAGCUUAAAUCUCAUUUCUGCCACACCUGUAGAUUCAGAACAAACCAGCCCAGAUACAUCUAUUGUGGCUAACAUAUUUGAUGUAGAACUUGUUAGCACAACAAAGCCUGUGGAGGAGCAGAAGACAGGUGAAGAUGUAGCUUAUGAAAGAGAGAUUGUUGAUGAGUGGAUAGAUAACACACCCCAGAAAUGUACAUCAUCAAAUGAGGAAGAUAAUUUAAGAGUGGCAGAUCCUGAGAAACUAUCAGCAUUCAGUGACCCUAACUGUGAUCUCAAAACCACAUUAUCAGAAUUUAUUCUCAAGGAAGUCAUCCAUAGUUCUCUAGAAAAAUCAUGUUUACUUGCAGCAAAGCAGGCAAUACUGCCUUUGGUGGAAUUAAGUAAAACAGAGAGUGAUAAGGAAACUGUUUCUGACAGUGGUGUCAGAUUACACCCAGAAGAAAAAUCAUUCCACAAUUCUGCUGGCGACAUAAAUAAUACAAUCACAAGACAGCUUCACAUUGAUACUAAGAAAGAAGAUCUAGAAAUUAACAAUUUAGAAUCUUUCUUGUCAAAAAAUGCAGUACAAACAGAUCACGCUGCUCUUGAUUUUCUUAGAGGAGGUGUUGAUGAAAAGAUUGAAAUGUGUUUGACAUCCAAACAGUUAUCAUUUCUUGAUUCUGGAGAAGAUUCAUUAUCUGAGGCAUCACCAAAUAAAGUAGAGAAGUGGAACCAUCAGCAUAAAGCACAUAUCUCUGGUGACGAAAUGCUCCAUGUGACCUUUGAUGAGAAAAACUAUGAACAUAGUCGAAAGCUACAUGACUAUCAGGUACGAUUUAACCAAGAUGUCAUUGUUGAGCUAGAUGAUGAAUUGGGCCUUGAUGUUGUGAAACAUUCUACACCGGAUGAUGAACGAAGUAGUGACUCAGGAUUUCGUGACAAAGGUAGCCUUAGUGAAAGCUGUGAAGAUGCAUGUGAUGAAAAAUACAAUUUAGAAGAUAUUGAAGCUGAACUAGAGGAGACUUUUAAUAAAGGUGGAUUUAACUAUUCUGCUAAAGGGGAAGAAUGUGAUGAAGAUGCAGACCACAGAAGUACUGCUCUUGAUUUUCCUGAUGAUUCUUUCUCAAUUCAAGGAAACAGGGAUGAAAUAGCUAAUGUUGAUAUUAUGAACCAUAAGAAAUGUGAUUCUGAUAAGAUUUUGGAAAGCAAUAUAAAUGACCCUGAUAAAAUGGAAAAAUGUGAUGUGCCAACUAAUUAUGUAACUUCUCUUGAGCAGUUAAAUACAGAAUUUUCGCCCCUGAACCUGAAUUUGAACAUAAAUGCCUGGAAAGGUGAAAAUGAAAGCUACCAGUUUUCUGAUAAUUUUGUUGAACUUAAUGUACCUGUGUUGUCAGAUGAAUGUGUCUCAAAGGAUCAGUUAAAUACUGAUGUUCUUAACAACAAAGACAACUGUGGAAAAGAGGAGUGUAAUGAGAGAUGUAUUUGCUCAGAUAAUGUACAUGUUCUAGCUGCUGUGAGAGGUGUUACUUCAGAAACACCAUUGACAGUUUGUUCAAACUCUGUAAAAAAAGAAGAUAUAUUUUCAGAAAAUGACCAUUUCCCUGUGACUGAUCGUUCUGGGUGGUUCUUGCAUGAGCCAAAUGAUAAAAGAUUUAAAAAUUCUGAUGAAGAUGAAUGCAGCUGCAACUAUGAUUUGAACAUUCCAGAAGAAAAUCUAAGCCCUGGAAGUUCAAGCUCAGAUAGUUUUAAAAAUGAUGAUAGCAGUGGCAGUGAUAAAUAUGUUCCACUUAGUUUAGAUGAAGAGUUUGUGGCUGCAAUUAGAAAUGAACUUCGUGAUAAACUACCAUGUGCACAGCAGCAAACUCAUCCUGAUGAAAUAGAUGAUGUUGAUGAUGAUUUACAGAGAGAAGAAGAACGCACUGAUAUUACUAUUCUUUACAAUGUUUACACUGCUCCGCUCUCACCAAUUCUUGAAGAAAGAGAAAGUGUCAGUUCACUUACAGCCACCAUAAGUGAAAACUAUCCCAUUCCAUCAUCUAUCAUGAAAGGAAAACAAAAAGAUGAAUUUGAUUCAGAGCCAGUUAGCCCUGUGUUUUUGAAUGAUAUAUUUGGAGAAUCAUCUGAUUACUGUGAAGAACAGGAGAAGAGAAGAUUUGAAGAAGAAAUUCGACAAGCACUGGCAAAUUGCAGUGUGAGUAGUGUUGACACAGACAGUGACCAGCACAAAAACAGUGUCAUUUCUGAAGACUUGGAAGAGGAUUUCCAGCAACCUAAUGAUGUUGCAAGCAUUGAUAAAAAUGAAAAGACAGUAAAGGAUGCAGCAAAUCAACAUGAUGACUAUGAUGAUGACUUUUUAGUUGUAAAUACUGAGACUAAUGAAGUUACUCUGUUAGAAAGCCCAAAACCAAAAUCUUAUGUUGCAUUUGUAAAAGAAUUUGAAGAUAUGAGUGAAAAACCUGCCAGUCAGUUAGCAGACAGUAAUUCCAUUACACAAAGUGGUAUUAAUUUCAGCAGAGAUAUAGCAUCAGAUGAUGAAGUAUUCACACCAGAUAGCAUAUCUCCUGGAGGAAAUGAAAGAAGUUCCCCGGUAAAUGAAAUGUUGGAUAUAAGAGGUAGUUUUACCCAAGAUGAAUCUCAUGAUUGUGCCAGUCACAGUAAAACAUGCUGUGAUAGGAGUCAAAAUAACUCCACAGAUCAUAUGAAUAAUGAACCUGCAAAAAUUUUGUUAGAACCAGUGAGUAGUAGUAAAGAGAAAGCCUGUGUAACAGAAGACCAAGAUUAUGAUGAAUUUAUUCAGAGACAUCGUAAGGAGCAAGUGAAAAGAAGUGAGGAAAUGGAUGCUGUAUCUGUUGAUGAAAGCAUAGAAGAUAAGUCUGAAAGCUUAUCUGAAGCAGAAAACAAGACACCAGAAGAUAAUUCAAAAUCUGAGUCAUUUAGUGAAGCAUUAUCAGAACCAAUUUCAUUAGGAACACAUCAAACUGGAGUGGAGAAUACACUGAAAAGGCAUCAGUGCUAUGAUGAUCUAAGUACAGGUUUUACACAGGAUGGAGAUUUAACAACACAAGCAGAAGAAACUAAUUCAGGAGACCAACUUGAUGUGUCCAGUUUUUGUGAAAGAGGCCCUGAAUCAUAUUUGUGUACAUCACUUGAUAAAUCAGCAGAGACAGAUUCUCAUAAAAAGUGUGAUGUGAAAGAGUUUACAGAACACAGUGAACUUCUUAAUUCACUUAAAAUGUUAAUGAAUCAAAAUAGGACUGAUAAUUAUUCAGAGAAGAUAGCAGAUAGUGAUAAAAAUGAAGGAACCAAGCAAGAAGAAAGUGAAACACAACUCAUUGAUGAAAUGAGUGAAAGAGGACCUGUUCUAAAUGACACCCUGAAGCUUUAUCGGAAAAGAAAAGAGGCUGAAGCUGCAAUCAGUGAUGAACGUGACUGGCUUAGUGCAGGCCGAGAAGCCAGUGCCCUUUCAACCAAGGCACCCAUGCCUUCACCGGAAGAGGAAUCAUGGAAACAGUUACCAUCAAUGUUAGCAUUUUCAGCUGAUCUGAACAGUGCUGAGGAGAAAGAUACAGGUUUUUCACCUGUACCAGCAGCAAUUUCUGAUGAUCUCAUGUCAACAUCUUUCAGUUUAAAAGAGGAAGACUUUGGUGAUUGUUACACUCCAGAUUGGGAAAGUGGUUCAGAGGACACAAAUGAAGAAGACAACUCCAGUUCAAGUGGGGAAUUCAUAUGGAAGGAGGGUGACAAAGAAGCACCGGUGAAGGCUCUCAGUGUGACACCCGCCAGCAAUCCGUUGAAGGCCUAUGAAGGACUCUCAGAUUUUCCCAUGGAGGUUAUAGAAGAGGAAGAAGAGGAUGAUGACAAUGAUGAUGACGAUGAUGACAGUUCAAGUUCAGGCAGCGGUGCAGAAUUUGUACCUUCUGCAUGGAACAGCGAGGCAACACCAAAUCGUUCUGCACUUCGGAGCCCAGAUAAGAGAUCUGAAGAUGAUGAAUUAUCUGAGCAGAAGAAAAAUGUAUCAUUUAAAAAGCAAAAAUAUCAUUGUGUUUAUGAAUAUCCUCGGGAAGUGUGUGACUCAGAUAGUGAGGGAAUAGAGUCACCAAGUCGCAAGCGAUGGGACAUGUACCAGCCUCCCAGUGUGGACUACGCUAGCUAUGCAGAUUGGGACCUAGUGUUGGAAGGUGAUGUGCCAGAGCAGAUAAGCCAAGAUACUGAUGCAGAACCCGAUGUCAAGAAGGCAUCAUCUAUUGAGCAGUUUGACUUUUAUAAGCUGAGCAGCGUGGAUUACGACUUUGCCUCUGGUGCUGUUCCCGAAGACAGAGAAUUUUUUAUCAGUAGUACAGCACGUCCAUUCCAGUUCAAUCCAUCAAGUACAGACUCACUUGUUGGAAGCAAUGUUAGUCAGUUCUUCCCUGGUAAAGAGUCCAUGUUAAGCAGUGUAAAAAGUUCGGAUUGUACAAAUUUGGAGAUACUGCCAGUUCCAAGUGUUUGUGAUAGUGAGGCUGACCACACAGAUACAGUGAAUAAUGGUACCUGUGUGGCAGAGACUAGUCCCCAAAAGAUUCAGACACAAGGUGUUACAGGUAGCCCAACAAAGUUGGAAUUCAAGGACAAGAAAUUUCCAUGGAAUGCAUCAAGAAUUGAGUCGAAAGAUAGACUGGCUACCGACUCUCCUACAUUAAGGCCCAAACAGGGGACACCUUUGACAGUUGAUAGGGUAGCAAGGCCUGAUGAUAGGGACUCUCCCCCUGAACUGCUAUCGCCGUCAUCUCCUUUAUCCCCUUCAGGCCUUGGUGAACUGAGACAUACUCGUGAUCGCCUGAAGCUUGACUUACCGCCUAGUGGAUCUCCCUUCCUCCUUGACCCUCCAAGUGGUGCUAAACGCAGAUCUCUGGUGGAAGCUGUUAAAGGAGAAGCGUCGCUGCUUGACAGUGGAGAAGAGACUGAAGACAGUGGGAUUGAGUCCAGCAAUGGCCAUCGCGGUGGAGAUGUGAUUGAGGGAUCUGGUCACAUAUAAACUGUAGUGACACUUCCUGAGAACGUUGAGUGGAAGAAAAUUUUAUAUCAGUUGCUGGGAAGCUGGCAUUCCCAAGGAGAUAUAAAUUUUUGAAGGCUGUGACCAUUGUUAGUUAACAACAGAGCACCUUACAAGAAAAGGUGCAGUCAUGAGACUGUAGUUUGUUAACAGAAUUUUCAUUUUAAAAUUUAAUCAGGUUGAAGGUGAUUGGUUUGACAAGAGAGACCAGUGCACUGGGGCAUGAAGGGCUUACAAAGGCUCUGUUCUCAUUGGGGUGUUCCUUCCCCAGGGGUGCUUUUUCAGCACGAGUUUAAUAAAUGUUAUAUAUGUUUUGGCUCAGGGGUUAAUUUUUGUUUAACCCAUGUGUAGGGUCAUAUAAACAGUCUCUGUACACUGUGUGUGCAUGUUCGUUACUUUAGAUGAAAAAUUGUGCAGCAAAGGUGAAGCUGAAUUCAAGUGACUCUCCCUUCUAGUUAGGCACGACAACAAUUUUCUCUACCACUGAUUCAGUCUUCAUUGGACUGAGUAUUUGUUCUGUUAAAGAACUUAAAUUAGAAAUGGUAUUGUAAAGUAGUGCAUCAAAAAAUAAAAGAACUUAUUGAUUAGUUUACUGAAGUUUGCUAACAGAGAAGUUGUGUUAGCAACUUGUUUACCUCUAGAAAGGACAAUUCUUACGCAGUGUCUUAGUUAAUUUUGUCACUAUCAUUUCUGGAAAAGCACAGUGAACCUAUCUUUAAACAUAUUCGUGGAAUUACAAAGCUGUACCAGCUCUCUAUCAGGACAUCCUGUAAAUUUCAAAAUAUAAAAAUGACAGCUAAACAGUUUGUGAUUAUGUGACUCUGACUGUACCUGUGUAUCUUACACAGUUAUAUCAGACAGUAGUGAAUAUGAUGUAAAUGUUCAGUCUGUUUGUGUUUACCAAGAAUUUAUGAUUUAUAGAACACAAUGCUGUUUUACUGAAGAAAUGUUACACUGAAGGCAAAAAGUAACUUUUGUUAUCUAGAUAUUUUUGGUAAAUUAAAUGGUGUUCCUAAACAAAGUAGUUUUAUAAGAUAUACAGUUCACUUGUUAGAGAAUAAAUCUUUUUUAUUUAUAAUCUGCAUAUUGUUUUUCCUGUUCUUUCAGUUUAGAGUUUCUCUUUAUUGAAGCAUAUGCACUACCACUGCUGCUGCUGCUCCUUGAACAAGCUUAAGUUUAAAGAACAGCUUGUAUGUACUCCAAGCUGAGAUUCAUUUUAUUAUAAUGCUCAUGUUAGCUAAAACUGAAGCCGUCCAAUUAGUAGGUGCUGGAUGAAAUAUUGACAUGAACAGUCGAAUUUUAAAGGCAACACUGUAAAACUGUAAUUAUGGGGAAGAUUUUCACAUUUUAGGCUAUGGUGUAAUCUUUUCCGUGCAUCAUCAGAUAUAAAGAUAUUACAAAUUGGUGAUCAUGAUUAAAGCUGAGUGAAGUGAAUAAAUAUUGUUUUAAUGUA